GGUGGACUUUGGCCUUGGGCAAAGUUAUGGUUUAAAUCAGAUCUAUUUUCAGGUAGCCUUUUCUGAUGUGGUUGUCCACACGUUGUUUUUUUUUCUUGUAGUAGUAGUACGUGUGUCUUUGAAAAUUAUCUCUGAAUUUAAUGUGGAUCAAAUCAUAUUUGAAUUGUACUAAGUAAGUUUAUUUUUAAAAAUAAUCCUAAACCAAAACCUUUGCCAGUUAAAUUCCUUCCAAAACAUGAACAUUAAUCCUGUAACGUAUAUUGUCUAUAAGCACUAUGGCAGCAGUCCCCAACCUUUUUGGCACCAGGAACCAUUUUCGUGGAAGACAACUUUUCCAAGGACCAGGGAAGAGAUGGUUUCGGGGUGAUUCAAGUGCAUUACAUUUAUUGUGCAGUUUAUUUCUAUUAUUAUUACAUCAGCUCCGCCUCAGAUCAUCAGGGAUUAGAUCCUGAGGGUUGGGGACCCCUGCGCUAAGGUACUUAGAUUUGGAGCUGGCCUCCUGCACUGUGUGGGCGUAAACGGCCCUGUCCUCCUUCCUCACUCCACACUUGUGGGGUGAGAGAAAGCAGCUUUCCCAGAGGCUCGUCCUCGUCCACCCACACAGUCGUGAUGCUGCCUUCCUCUGGGCUUUUGUUUAUGCUGUUCCCGUUUCCCAAAACACUUCUCCCUGACCCACCAGGCACGCACGCUGCUAGCUAUUCCUGCACAUCCCACCAUCCAGCUUAUGUGCCACUUUCCUGGACAUCUCUCUGCCGCCCUGCCCUCCGCUGCUCCCGCAGAGUCUGCCUCGGCACCCGUCACUGUGCUGUCCAUCACACACUGGACUUAGACUGUUAGUUGUCAGAGGGCAGGGACCACGCCUGCUUCCCCUCUGCAUCCCCACACCCAGUGUUCCCUUGGUAGGAUUUUGUAGAGUAGCUGUUCAUUCAUCGGAAUACACAUCACCCCUGAGGGACAGGUAGGCUGCAGCCCUUGCACAAAGCCUUCUGAAACUGCUCAGGUCUUCAUCUCGCCUCUGGCACGCACGGGCAGAAGCCGACAGCCCCUUUUCAAGCUCUGUAACCCCCUGGUCAGGGGGUGGCUGGGAGGCGGUAGCACCUGGGAGAUCUCGGGCUGCUCUGGCUGUAGCCACAGGCUGGGGUUGGGGUGGGGCCUGAGAGAACCCGUCUGAGCCCCCAUCCCAGUGGGGGCUACAGGGUAGACAGGCUGCUGCAACCAACACUGGGACACGGAAACAGCAGAAGCCCGCCCCUCAGAACCGCAUCCCAACUGGGCUGGCAGGAAAGAUGACAUGAUGGCAAGCCCGUUUGAAUAGGUGAGUUCUGGGUGGGGGAGAUUGCCCCCAUCUAAAGGCUAUCCUUUUAGAUAGAUAAGCUCUGUAGAAUGUGCAGCAUUCCAGGAAUUUUAUUGAUCCUUGUAUCAGUGUCCUAGGGCUGCCGUAAUAAAGUACCACAAACUUGAUGGUUUCAAAGAACAGAAAUUUAUUCUCGUGGUUCUGGAGGCCGGAAGUCCCAAAUCAAGGCGUCAGUGGGCUGUGCUCCCUCGGGCGGCUCUGGGGGAGGAUCCGUCCCGCCUGUCUCAGCCUCCGGUGGUGGCCAGCAGUCCUUCGCCCUCCUUCGCUUGUGGACACCUCACUCUGAUCUCUCCCUCUGUCGUCCCAUGGGGGUCUCCCUUGUGUGCCUCUGUGUCUGUGUCCAGAUUUCUCUUUUCUUGUAAGGACAACAGUCAGUUUGAGCUUAUCUUAACAUGAUUACAUCUGAGAAGACCUGUUUCCAGAUAAGGUCACAUGUGCAGGUGCCAAUAGUUAGGACUUCAGCACAUCUGACAGUUCUCUGAAGGAAGCAUGCCCUCCCCAGCCCCACCCCCCUCACGACGUGACUCAUCAUAGGUUCAUAAUACUUGCAAUCACAAUCUAAAUUUUGUUAAAUAUUAGAAAAAUGAACUCUUUUUUUCAUGUUUUUAGGUUAAUUUUCCAACUUAAGUGCUUGUUAUAAUUGUUUGUUUAUUCCCUCUGAAAUUUGGAUCUCUCUUUCAAGUGGAUUCACUCUGAUCAGCCUUUUCCCAACAGUAGUUGUCCUCGGAUGGUGAGAACCUUCCAUGUGAUCUUUUCUGGAAGUGAGCGUCCAGACCCUCGGGUGAUGCUCUUGGGGGCUGAAGUUUGUAGGGUUGUGUCCUGGUUGCCCUCCUCAUUUGUGGUCCUCUCUCCAGCCAGCACUUACUGCAGGUUCCCAGGUGUCAGGCACUAGGCAGCUGCUGGAGAUACAAGAGGAGGAACGGUCGCGGUCCUCUUCUCUGGGGUUUAUCGUUUAGUGGGAGAGGAAGAGGAGUAGACAGCUGAGCUCUCCUGUGAUGGAUGUUAUGAUGGGGUGUCACCAUCAUCGUCUCGUCAUGGCCAGCCAGUACCGAUUCCCCAACAGUGCCGUUACCAGUCCAUGUGCUUUACCUGUAUCAUCUCAGUUCAUCUUCUCGAAACCCUUGAGGUAUCAGCGUAGCGUGGAAUGGGCCACGAAGCUCAUGCGAAGACAAGGCCAGGAUGAGAGCACAGUGCGUAGGCUCCUCGAGGAUUACACAAGGCCCCUUGAGCAUCCUUGUCUAAAACGGAACGAAGAGGUCCAAUUGUGUGACGAGCUGAACUCUGAAAUGGUUUCCAAAACAGAAGGCACAGCAGAUAGAAAGAAACUUUCUGCCCUGAAUGGGGUUGCAGGAAUGUCGCAUGACCUGGAGGAUGCCAGCAGGCCAUCAGACCACCUGCAGGAGGGCUCCGGGCCUGACGCCCUGACCGCCCACAGCACGGGUGAACACGUGGUGGAGGUCACUGCUCCUCUGCCCCACGUCCACUGCGGCAAACGAGAUGCUCUCCUCCCGCCAUCUGGCACUCAGCCUGGGGACAGCAGCCAACGGGCGGGUCUGGUCCCGGCCAGAGAGAGAGGGCCUGAGCAUGAGUACCUGCUGGUGGAGGAAGUCGUGUGUGACGUGAGUGAGAGGGAAGACACCCCAGGUGGGCACUUGUCACCCAAAAAGAGACUGAUAUGCAGAAGAAACCCAUUUAGGAUCUUUGAGUACCUGCAGCUCAGCCUGGAGGAGGCCUUCUUCCUGGUCUAUGCUCUGGGAUGUCUAAAUAUUUACUAUGAGAAGGAGCCUUUAACGAUUGUGAAGCUCUGGAGCGCUUUUGCUGUAGUCCAGCCGGCAUUCAGGACCACAUACAUGGCAUACCAUCAUUUCCGAAGCAAGGGCUGGGUACCCAAAGCAGGACUUAAGUAUGGAACAGACUUGCUGUUGUAUCGAAAAGGCCCUCCAUUUUACCAUGCAAGUUACUCCGUCAUCGUCGAGCUGGUGGACGACCGUUUCGAGGGCUCUCCUCGCAGACCUCUCAGCUGGAGGUCCCUGGCUGCCUUGAGCAGAGUUUCAGUCAGUGUCUCCAAGGAACUUAUGCUGUGCUAUUUGAUUAAACCCUCCACCAUGACUGACAAAGAAAUGGAGUCACCAGAAUGUAUGAAACAAAUUAAAGUCCAGGAGGUGAUUCUAAGCCGUUGGGUUUCUUCACGGGAGAGAAGCGACCAAGACGAACUUUAACAGUUCAGCCUCAGGUUACCGAUUUCACCAGCAAAUAUUACUGAGUCUCCUGUAUAAGCCAAGUUCAGGGCGAGGUAAAGAGUCCUUUUAUUGUAAUUGCCCAUUAAUGUAAAAGUUUUAAAGAGCAUGGCACUCCCAGCAUCAGAAAGUGUUAGUGUUUUAAAAGUUAAAAUUACACAGGGGAGAAGAGCCCUGUGCGGGGACGACAGAUUCUGUCCAUGGAUCGGUCGCUCACUGACCCCGAGCCUCUCGCCUCGGGGCCUCAUCGUUCUGCAAGAAGGCUGGAGUAGCCACGUCCCAAGAGGACUCUGCCGGCAACAGGGAACUUCUAUUACUCUCUGAUUUUACCCGAAAUGAUAGUUUCCCUCCAGGCCACCCUGCAGUUUCCGGGGCACCUCUGUGUACCUGCCUCUCUCAUUACUCACAUCCAGUCUGUCCUGGAAGAGGGUCCUCUGUCCACAGGUCUCAGCUCGCCAGGAACUUCAGCCAGUUACUCAAACGUGGGAAAUUCCACUUACUGUCUACCAAGGACUUCUUCAUCAUGGAAGGCAUUUUAAAACAAGUUACCUUGUUAUUUAAUUCUUAGUGAACUCAUUGGUGGGCACAUUGUGUAGAGUUCACAAUAUUGUACAGGAUGAGAUAAGAAUUGUAUCUUACUUCACUGAACUUGUCAUAAAAUAAAAAUAUGUGGUGAAAAAAUGAA